AUGGAUUUAGCUGUUGUCCCAAUUGAGCAGCCAUCAAUUGAAGGCUUUAGAGUAGUUGCUGGAGCUGUUCCACAUUCGGUUGUGGUGAAAAAGAGGAGGCAGCAGCCAUGUAGGGCUGUGGAGCUGAAAUUCACCAUCAUGCCUCCAAGAGUAAGAGGACGAGGCAAGGGUCCCAUGCGUGGAGGACCGUCAUCAGCUAGACUAUCACACAGACGCACUCCAUCGGCGUCCUUUUCCACCUCCGACUCUCACGAUAUGUGGGGUCAACCUUUCGAGCCGGCAAGACACCCAGUCUCGCUUAGCUCUUCUCCAUCUUUUCAUCCAUCCUUUGGGCCGUUUGCUCCAGUCGAACCCGAACACUCUCACCACUCUCAUCAGUCUCACCAUUCGCACGAGUCUCACCACUUUUUGCAAUCCCAUUCAUUUCACCACUCUGACUCCCUCUACUCCCCGGGACAGUUCAACCCAGCCGAAUAUGUUAAUGAUUUUCUUGGCUAUAACCCAUUGGGCCCUGAGGACCAUUUCUCCCAGGAGAUGGAAAUGGAUGAUGACCCCGACCCGGAGAUGCAAACAGGAACCCCGGGCCACCCUAUCAGUAUCUCUAGUGGGUCUCCGUUUCAGGGAUCCCCUUACCGUGGACCCGAUUCGUUCCGAUCCUCAACUUCAAGCUGUCUCACCACCACCACUCCCGGUAGAGGAGCCACCGCAGCAGCCACCGCAGCCACCUCCCGAGCCUCCGAGGCGAAGGAGGAACGCCCGCAUGUCCGUAAUAGGAGGACCCCGUUUCAGUUCUCCUCGUGGGUCGAGUUCCUAUCCCCUAUCCCAGAGGACCCCCAGAUGGGUGGGCCCUCAAACGCGGCACCGGAGGCUAAUCCUCCGCAAGCUUCUUAUGCACCACCCCUGCCGCCUGUGGGAUUUGAUAACCCAAUCCCGACGUACCCAGGUCCUUCCGGGUACAAUCCUUAUGAGAACCCAACAGGAUACCCCUCGGACUAUGUAUCUCAGGACCCGUACCUCACGGCUGCGCAAUAUCAUCACCUCUAUCCUUCUACUUACCCUUCUAUGCAUCCAACUGGAUAUCCGAUGCAGGGUUACCAGUACCCUCCAUACCAGCCACCUCCUCCCCAGCAGCUUCAGCAACAACAACAAACCCAGGAAAUUCUGGAGAGGUUGGAUAAGGUCGAGCAUAAGACUAAGAAGAACAAGGAGAGGUAUACCAGUUUCAUGAAAGGCCUCGCCAACCUUAUUAAGGGGAAAAAGAAGUAG